AUGGGCGAUGGCGCAUUUUGGAAGGCUGGCGUGUGGGAGAUGGCAACACCGCUAAACACGGCAGCAUCGAUAGCAGAAGGUGAGGCCUACGGAUCGGCGAUGGAUGAAAAGACGAAUUGGGCGACUCAUGUCCUGGCAGUGUUUCUGUUUCUCCUCACAGCUCUCACCUCUCCGGUGUCGAUGAUUCGACAAGUCGUCAGUGUAAUCUCUGCUUUUUCGUCGUCGAGACGCAAUACCCCGAUCAAAAUCGAGGGGGAGGAGAAAGGUCUGACCUUGCUCAAACCUGCUGUGGUUAACAAGGUGGCUGAGUUGCUGGGAGAGUUGCUGGUGGAGAUCCUGUGUCGCCUCCCCGCUAGAGAUCUGUUACAGCUCAGGUCCGUCUGUAGAAAUUGGAAUGCCAUCAUUUCAAGCCCUUCCCUGGUUUCCAUGCACCUCAGAAACUACACCAACGGCGCGGCUGGCUCUGCCUCUCAGUUCCUGAUGGUAAGCGAGAUGGAAUGUUAUGAUCGCGACGCUCUGAUUAAGCUGUUCUCUCCUGAUCAUCACGGUGAUCAUGUUGAGUACCUGGAAAGUGAAAUGCCUGUUGUCACCGGACCUUGCAACGGCAUAUUUCUAAUGGCCCGUAACAAGACCAAAGACUUGGUUCGCCUGUGGAACCCAGCAACUGGCAAAUCCAGGAAAAUCGCGGUGCCGCCGGUCAGGAGAAACACCGAAUUACACUACUACGACAGCUAUGGGUUCGGGCUAGACCCAGCGUCUAAUGAUUUCAAGAUAGUUAUGAUUCGACACUUUUCGAUCCCGUACCCUGACCGCAUCUCCGUUAUUAUAGCCAGCUGCUCUCCCGAAUUCCCUGCACAAGUGAUGGUGUACACACCGGGCACCGGUACUUGGAGGGAGCUGGAAGAGCUGCGGCUUAGCCUUCGUCUACUCCACGUCGUCCAGUCUUACAAUUACUUGAAUGGGUUCUUUUUCUGGGUGUGUAUAUCUCCUGUUGCAGCACUGGCAUUCGACCUCGAGAACGAGGUAUUUCGCGUGGUGAACGACCCGGUGCCCGCAAACUGUGAUAACAUGUUUUCUCAGGGUUAUCGGAAACAGCUCCUCGUGUACAAGGAUGCGCUUGCUUUGUUUCUUAUCCGGGAGGGUACCGGUGGUUAUGACCUGUGGUUGCUGAGUGAAGAAUGGUGCUGGAUCAAACACUCGACUGCUGCUCCGUUUAUUCCACCUAUUGUGAGUACGGAGGCUGCUGCUGCUGCUGCUGAUGCUGAGGAGGAUUUGAUGCGAGAAGACCCUUUUAUGUUAGCGGUUGGGUGGUGGAGGGACGAUGAGCUUAUUCUUGUUAGGGAUUCUGGUGGUGUCUCUAAAAUCCAUGAGUUGGUACUGUUCGACCCUGUUACUCAGGCCACUAAAGUUGUCGCAGAUGAUAUUUGUGUAGCUCGCAGGGUUCUUGUUUACAAAGAAAGCUUGGGGGAAGAGAAAGGCCUGAUCUUGUUCAAACCUGCUGUGGAUGAGUUGCCAGGAGAAUUGCUGGUGGAGAUCCUGAUUCGGCUCCCAGCUAGAGAUCUGUUACGGCUAAAAUCCGUCUGUAGAAGUUGGAAUGCCACAAUUUCGAGCCCUUACCUGGUUUCCCUGCACCUCAGAAACUACACCAACGGCCCGGCUGGCGCUGCCUCUCAGUUCCUGAUGGUACGCGAGGCGCCAUAUUUUGACGACUACACACGGAUUAAGCUACUCUCUCCUGAUCAUCACGGUGAUCAUGUGUCAUCAAAAGUUCUGGAAAGUGAAAUGCCCAUUGUCUCCGGACCCUGCAACGGCAUAUUCCUGAUGGCACAUAGCAAGACGAAAGAUUUCGUGCGCCUGUGGAACCCAGCAACUGGCAAAUCUAGGGAAAUCUCAGUGCCGCCGGCGCCCCGGAAGAGAACCGGAUUCCACUAUUACGACAGCUAUGGGUUCGGGCUAGAUCCAGCGGCUAAUGAUUUCAAGAUAGUUAUGAUUCGGCACUACUCGCAGACGUACAUGGACACCUCGUCCGUUUUUCUGGCCCGCUCCACUCCCGAAGUUUCUGCAACAGUGGUGGUGUACACACCGGGCACUGGUACUUGGAGGGAGCUGGAAGAGUUGCGGUUCGAACUUUAUCUACUCCACCUCUGGCAAUCUUACAAUUACUUGAAUGGGUUCUGUUUCUGGUUGUGUAUAUCUCCUGCUGCAGCACUGGCAUUCGACCUCGAGAACGAGGUUUUCCGCGUGGUAAAUGACCCGGUGCCCAUUAACUGUACCAUGUAUGCUCAGGGUCAUUGCAAACAGCUUCAUGUGUACAAGGACGCGCUUGCUUUUUUUCUUUUCCGGGAGAGUACCGGUGGUUAUGACCUGUGGUUACUGAGUGAAGAAUGGUGUUGGGUGAAAAACUCGACUGUUGCUCCAUUUAUUCCACCUGCUGUGAAGACGGAUGUUGCUGCUGUGAUCGUUGCUGCUACUUGUGCUGACGAGUGGAAUCGUGAAGAACCUUUUAUGUUUGCGGUAGGGUGGUGGAGGGACGAUGUGCUUGUUCUUGCUAGGGGUUUUGGUGGCUCUAGAAUCCAUGAGUUGCUGUUGUUCGACCCUGCUACUCAGGCCAUUAAACUUGUCUCAGAUGAUAUUUGUGCAGCUCGCAGGGUUUUGGUUUACAAAGAAAGCUUGGUCAAUGUGGGACAAGCCACCAAGAAUACCGUCUACGAGGAAGCGCCUCUCCCGGCCGUCAUUACUCAAUCGGAACUGCAGGGAUUGUUAGAAAAUGGUUAUAAUGGUGGGGAUCAGGUCGAUGGGCUGUCAGAUGAUGGGUCACAGGUAGGGAAGAAAAGGAGGUUGAACAUGGAACAAGUGAAGACAUCGGAGAAGAACUAUGAGUUGGGGAACAAGCUUGAACCAGAGGGGGGAAUGCAGUUGGUUAGAGCUCUUGGGCUGCAGCCUAGGCAAAUUGCUAUUUGGUUCCAGAACAGGGGAGCCUGGUGGGAGACCAUGCAGGUACCAUGUUUUGUGCUCAUGGCGGAAAUAAGUCCUCAUUCUCCGUAUAUAGUUUCCAUCGUGGUGUAUAGUGCUUGAACUUGGAGCUGGAAUCGCUCACAAAAGAUAAACUUUAUAUGUCCAUAUGUCUCACAAUCAACUGCUG